AUGAGUUCUUCAUCAGACGCAGCAGAUAAUCGCAUUACCAGGAACCCUCGCUUGGCUUACCACCUGCAACAGGUACGGUCAGAACGAGCCCAAGUGUAUCAGGUGUUGCAGUUCUCGAGGAAGGCGGUGUACAGACCGGGGAUGAAUAUUUCCAUAGACGAGUUCCUGUGGAAAUUCAGGGGCCGUCUCAGCUUCCGGACUUACAAUCCGAGCAAGCGCGCCAGAUUCGAAGUGAAAAUUUACAGACUUUCGGCCAGUGACGGUGUAGGUGCUGGAUCUGUGUUCCGGAUAUACACCGGGAAACAGAAGGGUGAUAUGCCGUCCUCCCAGAAAGCGGUCAUGGACCUAAUGCAGGCAGAAGGGUUCUUUGACAAGGGGUAUACCGUAUUUAUGAACAACUGGUAUACCUCCCCAGUUCUUCUUAUAUCCAGGGCCGGAAGACGGGUGCCAUGGGGACGGCCAGGACGAACCGUCGGCAUAUGCCGAAAUAUUUGA